GACCUACGUUGCGACCCCCACAGCUCUGGCUGAAGAUAAUUUUACGAUGCCGACCAUUUCCCCAAGCACAUUUUGUCGCCGCAGCGUAGCAGAGACACGAUAAGUCAAGUAAAAACCGCACGUAACCAGGCAGAUAUCAAACACAGAAAAAAGAAGAGAGGUUCCCAGGAAAGGAAACAGCGCUGCCCUUUAUAAUAUCUCUGGACAUCAGUGGAAUUAGGCUGAAAUCUUCAGGACAAGUGCGUUUGAAAUUCAAGAGCUGGACCCCUCCUUCACUGAACGCGCUCAGGCCAAAGAGAAUCUGAUAUUUCUUAAAAGAUGGAGCCUGCAGAGUCAGAGAUGAACAUAUUAUCCAAUGGAAAACCCCAUGAUCUUGGAGAUGACAUGGGUGUGCCAAUGAAGACGUUGUUAGCAGAAGAUCAAAAUGGCACUGAAACUCUCAGGUUUGAUGACCCCGAAGGUGCACUUGAGAGUGAGGAGUUCUUACCUAACACACAUGGAAAGAAACCCACACGUUUCACAGAUUUUGAAGGAAAGACCUCCUUUGGGAUGUCGGUCUUCAACCUUGGCAAUGCGAUUAUGGGCAGUGGCAUCCUAGGAUUGGCUUAUGCCAUGGCGAACACUGGCAUACUUCUCUUCUUGUUUCUUCUGACUGCAGUUGCAGCCUUGUCAUCCUACUCCAUUCAUCUACUGCUCAAAUCUUCUGGCAUCGUGGGUAUUCGUUCUUAUGAACAGCUGGGCUACAGGGCCUUUGGUACUCCUGGAAAAAUGGCUGCUGGUAUCGCAAUCACCCUGCAGAACAUUGGAGCUAUGUCCAGCUACCUGUACAUCGUUAAAUCAGAGCUGCCGCUGGUCAUUCAAGCUUUCCUGAAGGCGGACCCCAACUCUGAUUUGUGGUACUUGAAUGGAAACUACCUGGUCAUCAUGGUCUCUGCCAGUGUCAUCCUGCCCCUAGCUCUGAUGAAACGGCUCGGUUACCUUGGUUACACAAGCGGCUUUUCGCUCAGCUGCAUGGUGUUCUUUCUGUCUGCUGUUACCUAUAAGAAGUUUCAGAUCCCUUGCCCAUUUGAGGAAUUCUCAACCAACAGCACCGCUGCACACCUUGGCCUGAAUGACUCCAGCCUGGUCCAUGACUACAGCGACGGUUUGCCACAUGAAGACAAGGACUCGCAUUGCACCCCACGCAUGUUCACAAUCAACUCACAGACGGCGUACACAAUCCCAAUCUUGGCUUUUGCCUUCGUUUGCCACCCUGAGGUUCUGCCCAUCUACACCGAGCUACGCAAUCCCACAAAGAAAAAGAUGCAAAAGGUUUCCAACAUCUCCAUCCUUCUCAUGUACACCAUGUACUUUCUGGCUGCUCUCUUUGGCUACCUGACUUUUUAUGGUAAGGUGGAGCCGGAGCUGUUGCAUACGUACAACCGCAUCGAUCCCUAUGACACUUUGAUCCUGUGUGUCCGAGUGGCUGUCCUCACUGCUGUGACGCUGACCGUGCCCAUUGUGUUGUUCCCUGUGCGCAGAGCCAUCCAGGAGAUGUUAUUUCCCAGCCAAUCUUUCAACUGGUUACGUCAUGUUAGCAUCGCCUUCGUUCUGCUCACUUUCAUCAACAUGCUGGUGAUAUUUGCUCCCAACAUUCUGGGCAUCUUUGGCAUCAUUGGUGCCACAUCAGCUCCCUGCCUCAUUUUCAUUUUCCCCGCUGUCUUCUACAUCCGCAUCGUUCCCAGAGAGGAUGAACCCAUGACCUCCACUUCAAAAAUACUGGCUACUUGUUUUGCUGCUCUGGGAAUCUCCUUCAUGGUGAUGAGUCUGAGCUUCAUUUUCAUCGACUGGACGUCAGGGACCAGCCAGGUUGCUGGAGGUCACUAACAGCUGCUUCAGUGCGUGUUUGUGUGUGCAGUGUUUGGAAAUGGUUGUUCGGUAUGUUCAUUAGAAAGGGAGCGCUUUCACCUCAGUUGGACACAUUACCAGCUGUCCAGCACAGAGUCUGGGUCUGCCACAAUACAAAAUACACACCAUAAUAAAUGCUACGUGGAAGACAGAUACCCGAACAAAAAUCUUCUAUUUGCUGCAAUUUCUAAUUUAUUUUUUUUAUAUUACAGAGAGUUUCUAAUGCAGUUUUCUAAAAUUACACCACAAAAUCAACCCGGGAGGAUGAAAUGGUUGUCUCCUGCUUCUAAGGCUUUACUUUUACACUAAUAACUGCAGCUGGUUCUGUGUAGAUAAAUAAAAACAAAAACUAUUUUAAUUGUUCUAAAUGAGAUGCACAAAAAGAAGCAGUCAGAUAAUCUCACAUGGAACCAGAAUCAGUAUGAACUACUUAUCAUCAUCAUCAUUAUCAUCAUCAUCAUCAUCAUCAUCAUCAUGUAGAAUAAGUCUUUGAAGUGCUCUAAUGCUUUUGAAGUGACAUUUUAACUUUUCAGUAAUGUUUCCAAAUGAAUUAAAACUGCUGUGCCUUUUGUCAUUUGCAGUAGCACAAAAACAAAUAAAUAGUGUAUAUUUAUUUAGUUACCUCCUUUCUGAUUUUGGAUGAUCUAUAUUUAACUACCGUCUUUGAUUACCUCCAGAAAAUCAAUGCAUUACAUUUUUUUUCUUUUAUGGUGACAAAAACUGACAAUGUUUAUUAAUAAUUUAGAAAUUUUAAACUUCCUCUUAUUGCAUCUUUAUCCCAAACAUACUGCGAUUUUCGAUAAUAAUCUUACAGUCGAUUACGCCGAUCCUAUUAGUUGAAUAGCAUGGUUUGGCAAUAUUUCCUAGGCAUCCCUGGUAAAGAGGUGUAAACAGACUUGAAAUAAUUUUCUAUCAUAAAAAAAUAACACAAAUCUGAUUUACUUGAUUUAGAUGUUUGUUUUUUCUCCCCAUUUUGAAGAGUAACUGGUACAAACAUGGCCUCUGUGUCAUAUGCAGACCCCAGAAAAACAGGAAGAAAUCGAUUACAAAUGAAGCAUUACUUGAAAAUCUUAUCAAGAUUGAAAGUAAUAAUCAUGCUCAAUUUACAUCCAUUUAAGAGAGGUUGUAAAUGUUUUAAAAUACAAAUAACUACAUAAUCUAGUUUAUCCUCAUUUAAUAAACAUGAUCAAAUUUGUUUAUUUUUAUGGAUUUUUAUCAGUCCUACAAAAAAAUAUAUAAUUCUGAUCCUUUUUUCAAAUAUUUAUCAGGGCUGGAGUCAAUGGAGUCAAGAAACUACUGGUGCUACUGACUGAACAUUAACAUAAUCCAAAUUCACAAAAGUCCCUUUUCCAAUAAUGUUCAAAUGGUCCAAUAAAUACUCUAACUUUCUGUAUUAUCUAUCUAAACUCAUACUUCAGAGCAUUGUAUAUAUAUUAAAGUAAUUUAACCAAACCUUACUACAUGUUUAUACACUACAAGGUAAAAGUGCUGAUUUAAAUAGUGCCUGGUCUGCAGCAAAUAAACUGACAAGAGUGUUGUGCCUUUGUGACACAGCUGCAGAGUUUUUAAUGGUACAGGUUUAAUGAGCUUUUAAAGUGCUUGGAUCUGGAUUUACUGCCUUGCAUGAUGUAGUAAUGCACAUUUAGCAACUUUUAUUGUCUGUGCUGUAGAAUGAUUAAGACUGAAAAACUGCUAUUGUUAUGAUGUUGUAAAAUUUACAUAUUUGACCAAAUACCUCCCGAAACAAUUUUCAGAGAAAUUCUGAACCCACAAUGGCAUGACUAAAUAUACUAAAUACUAAAAUUCAGGUUUACAGAUAGGCUUCUAAUGGAUUACAAACCAAAAAUGUGUUACAGUGUUAAUGAGGCAAGGUUUCAUCGUCCAUGUAUGUCAAAAUAUAACAUGUGUUUCCAAAGAGUAUUUAGUCCUUUACAUGUCAGUUUUUUUAUGGAAACAAAGUUGUAUCAUGACUCUUGUAGUAUAAAUCAUCUAUUUUUGGAUAAAUAUAGCAGAUGAGACUCUUAUUAACUCAGUAGUUUUUUAUUGAGAUAAAAGUUGAAUAAACAAGAUUCACAAGAAUACUAUUCACAAAUAUUUAUUUCUGUUAGUUAUGAUGGUUUCCACUGAUGGCUAAUGAGAAUAUGAAAUUAAAGAUUAGAAUAUUACCUAUAAAAGAUCAAUAAAAAACAUUUUAAUACAGGAAUGUGGGCUUCAUGAAAGGCAUGUUUAAUGCAUGCUUGAAGGUUAUUUUCAAAAGCUACUUUUAAUCUGACAAACAAAUAUGAUUUAAUUAUGACACUAUAUGUUCUACACAGACUUUUGAAACUGAUUGACACAGCUUAUUUUAUGUUCCUCUCUUAACAUGGUGUUUAUUUUUUGCCUUUCCUGUAGAUGUUAUGAUGUAAUUACCCUUUAGCAUUGUCCUGUUUUGUUUAACAUUUUAUUAGUCCGCUGUGAAGGUGAUGCCAUCAAUAACAACAGACUACCUACUGUAUAGAAAUGCCUUGAAAUUAGUGUCACAGCUUCAGCUCUAGUCAGUAUUGUAGUAAAAAUCCUUUAUAUGUAAAUCAUUUUGUGUGAGAUGUUAUGUUUCAGCAUGUUAAACAAAUCAACAAGGCAGAACUUUAUAUAAAUAAUGUAUAUAGAUGUAAACAUUUUAUAUUUGUGAUGCUUAUUUACAGUAGACUGUAAAGUGUAAAUAGUUGGGACAGUUUUAGUUUGGAAAUAAAAUAAUUGUACAUGUUUUUA